AAUUCAGGCCAUGAGUCAGUGCAACCAUCCCAAUAUUGUCACAUACUACACCUCCUUUGUUGUGAAGGAUGAACUCUGGUUAGUCAUGAAGCUUCUGAGUGGGGGAUCUAUGCUCGAUAUAAUUAAGCACAAAAGCAAAGAAGAUGAUAAAAAUCGAGCUUUAGAAGAGCCUAUUAUUGCCACUAUUUUAAACGAAGUUCUGGAGGGUCUGGACUAUCUACACAGAAACGGACAAAUUCACAGGGAUGUGAAAGCUGGGAACAUACUACUGGGGGAAGACGGAUCUGUUCAGAUUGCAGAUUUUGGAGUGAGUGCAUUUCUAGCUACAGGGGGUGACAUGACUAGAAACAAAGUUCGAAAGACCUUUGUUGGCACACCAUGCUGGAUGGCACCAGAGGUGAUGGAACAGGUUCGGGGCUAUGAUUUUAAAGCAGAUAUAUGGAGUUUUGGAAUUACAGCGAUUGAAUUGGCGACAGGCUCUGCCCCCUAUCACCGCUACCCUCCCAUGAAAGUUUUAAUGCUUACCCUUCAGAAUGAUCCACCCUCUCUAGAGACAGGUGUUGAGGACAAGGAAACUUUAAAAAAAUAUGGCAAAUCAUUUAGAAAGCUAAUAUCUAUGUGCCUUCAGAAGGAUCCUGUCAAAAGGCCUACAGCCGCAGAGCUUUUGAAGUGCAAAUUCUUCCAAAAGGCCAAGAACAAAGAAUAUCUGGUGGAGAAGCUUUUGAGUCAUGCACCAAAGAUUUCUCAGAGAGCGAAGAAGGUCAGGAGAGUCCCCGGCUCCAGUGGCCACUUGCACAAAACAGAGGAUGGAGACUGGGAGUGGAGUGACGACGAAAUGGACGAGCGCAGCGAGGAAGGCAGAGCAGCGGUAAAUCAGGGCAGGUCACGAAGGGUCAAAGAUGACGCCAAAGAUAAUGAGGAGGAUGCCAACAAUGUCCCUAUUGAAGGCUUGUCUAUUCAGCAUCCCCAGGUUGAACCGUAUGAGAAUACACCCUUCAUUCAAGGUGCUGUGAACAUGGUACUACGGCUAAGGAACUCCAAAAAGGAGCUGAAUGACAUCCGGUUUGAAUUUACUCCUGGGCGAGACACUGCUGAUGGGGUUUCCCAGGAACUGUUCUCAGCUGGACUGGUCAAUGGGCACGACGUUGUUAUUGUUGCUGCUAACCUUCAAAAGAUUGUAGAUGACCCAAUUACCUACAAAGUACUGACCUUUAAGCUGGCUUCCAGCUGCGAUGACACGGAGAUCCCUGAUGAAGUGAAGUUGAUCGGCUUUGCGCAGCUCAGUGUUAGUUGAUGCUCUCUUCGUGACUGCAGCAGGUGAGACAGGGAAGACAGUUCAGGGCAGACAGACUGAGGAACACUCCACCACUUCCUGCAAUAUCUUCCCUUCCUCACUUCCUGACUCCGCCUCAGCUUCCCCGAUGCCCAUCUCUUCCACCACCCUCGUUAGCGCCGGCUUCCCUGCUUACUGUCCUAUCUUUAAACUUAACGACAUUCCACUGCCCAGCGCACAGCCGAGGAACCUGAAGGUGUACUCAGGUGGCAAAAGAAGGUGAUUAAGAUGUAGCUUUGAAUGUUCUAUUUAUUUAUUUCUUGAACUCGUUUUUGUUUUACAUCAUAUUACCUCUGUGUUCAGCAAAGCUCUCAUUAUUUAUUGAAAUGAGAAGGGUUUUUUCUUCCCAUGCUGAUUUGUUGCCACAGUGAAAACAAAUUUGCUUUGACUCACAUCUCACAAACGCACUCAUUCGAGAAGUUUCCCUGAGGUCUGUGUCAGAAUGUACGAAUACGUUAAUUUAUGGGAAAAAGCACAUUUUCAUAAGAACAUAAUGAAUGUCAAAAGAGAAUGAAUUGUAUUUCCAUAUUAAGACCUGUUUCACAUUAACAACCAUUUGCUUGAGUGUGCAGGGAAAAAAAAGGAGACCUGGAUGCUACUGUGUAUAAUUUGCUGCUCUCAACAGUGUUAAUGCUUCAAAAUGCUAGAGGUGCCUUGUUCAUUUUUCUGUGCCUAAGAAAGUAGUCGAUAAAUGAGACCGCACAAAGAGGGGGAACCUGCUGAUUGCCAUUCCACCAGUGUAUUAUUUCAGCAAUGACACAAUUCAAGUGAAGUAUCUUAACUUAAUGAGGCAAGCUAAAAUGCACUUUUGGGCUGAAUGCGUGGACCUGACAAACAGAUGCUUAGCCCCGGGAGACAAGUUAAUUUAUGUGCUUCUGUCGUCAGACGAACACACCGUAACAGGACCUGCAGUCAUAUAAUCUGUUCUUGUUGAUGGGUUUUCAGAUGCUAAUCAGCAAAACACAAUGGUUGAAUUUCCUUGCUCUGUCCUGCUGCACUACAAAACUUUUUCGUUCCCCGAAACAUCAUAGUUACUAAAAUGUACUGGAUGACGAUGCAUCUGAAGAUGAAACCAAACGGCAACUGCCGAAAAGGUGACGAGCCAUUUGUUUGUCCAAACAAGUCCAGUAGCUCUAAAUUAUUUUUUAGGUAUUGAGGUGGUCAAUAUUAACUUCUACUAAAUUCUUUAUUUUAUGAAGUAAUUUAUUGUGUUUUCUAUGUACAGUUCUGUGUACCAUUUCAACAUAUUACCCCUGUUCCUUCUGUAAUCAGCUGAUGUCAAGUUUCGGAUUAAGAGCAACCAAUAAAGAA